CGCCUUUCCCCUCCAGUCCCUGUCGCUCACCCGUGACGUCACAAGACCGCGACCCACAGAAGAUCCCGCUUUUCCGUCUCUGCCGCUGGGUUAGCGGCGGCCAAACUCCUCAGGGCUUUCCUCUUGCCGCCCGAGUGAUGGGCUGAAGAGAAGAAAAAAACAAAAUACGGAAACAUCUGUCUUUGUGUAAUGGAUCCCUGUCUGAUUCGUAGCGCAAGUUAUAUUCUGUCUUGGCUUCAAGAGACUGUCUAGUAACUACUGCUGCCAUGGAGAGUAUUACAAAGCUAUUUGGCGAUUUGUGUGAGGCCCACGUAGCAGGUUUGUCAAAGAAGGUCCAUUUGGGCAUGGGAAAGAUCUGCAAAAAAAGAUCAAACAAAAGCCUCAAGAAGAUUGCAUACAAUGCUUUGUUUGCUACCCUUUUCCUGGAUGAGGCCCAGAAAGUGCAGUCGCAUAUUUCUAGACUUCCAGUGAAAAACAGAAUGUUAAUGCUCUCUUUCAACUUGAGAGUUGCUGGAAUGGGCCCAGAAGCAGACAGGCUGGAGGAGCUUGUAGAUGAUUUGGAAAAGUCUACAUGUCUACCAUUUACUGAGAUUGCUUCUGUUCUGGAUCUUCUGGUACAGCUUGCGGGAUCUGGACCACCUCAAUGUUUACCCCCCAAGAAGGAUUACUUUAUAAACAACAAAUAUGUUGGGAGAAACCCUAAAUACCAAGGUUACGAUUAUUAUGAUGUUAGUGUGUUUGAAGCCGAUAUCCAAGCUUUUAUUGUGAAUGAGGAACAUCAGUUUAGUGAUACAAUUCAAAAGACACUGCAGAUCAUGGAGGCAGCACCUGGCACAGGUCUUCCUACUGUAGAAUUAUUUUCACAGAACUGCCCAGUGGGUGACAAGUUUGAGAGAGAAACUCGUGUCUCACUCUUUGGGGCGCUUGUUCACAGUCGUACAUAUGACAUGGACAUCAAGUUGGAUCUGCCACCAGUGCCUGACAGUGCUGAUUUGUCUGGACUUGCAAUCAAGGUUCCACAAAGUAUAGAUCCUUCAGAAGAUGAGGGAUUCCAAUCUGCAUCUAAUCUCACCCCUGACUCUCAGUCGGAACCCAGCGUGACACCGGAUAUUGAUCUCUGGGAAGCAGUGCUUACCUAUGGACCUAGUAAGCGAAGAUGUUGGGAAAGGAUUGGAUGUCCGCCUGGAAAAAAAGAGGAGCCAUACCUUUCUGAAGCUGGCCGAGAAGCCUUUGACAAAUUUUGCAGACUUCGAGAAGGGGAAUUGCAGUUUUUCAGCAGUACCAAACUUCAGCUUCCACAACGCGUUUUAAUCAAAGAAUCAGAACUUGUUAAAGAUGUUUUGAAUGUUCUUAUUGGGGUGGUAUCUACUUCCUUCUCAUUUAAUCAGGCAGCUCAGAUGUUUGUGAUCAAGCAGGGCCUCUAUGUAUCUGGAACAUCACCUGAAAGUAUGAGCGGUCUCCUGUCAGAAGUUGCUGAAUAUGGAACUUACUACACACGACUGAGCCGUUUCUCUGUCCAACCAGUUUUGGAUUCUUCAUACAGAAAAGGACUUGUUUUUCAGGCAUUCACAAGUGGGCUGAGGAAAUACCUGCAGUACUACCGAGCAUGUGUUUUGUCAACUCCUUCCACUCUAACUCUUCUAACUAUCAGCUUUCUCUUCAGAAAACUAGGACGCCAGCUAAGGUAUUUAGCUGAACUCUGUGGCAUAGGAGUGACUGCACUGGGAGUUUGUGGUGGUGCUGGCACUUCAUUUCCGACAGGAGUGAAACUACUUUCCUAUCUAUACCAAGAGGCUCUUAAUAACUGCAGCAAUGAACAUUACCCAGUUCUUCUCUCACUGCUAAAAACAAGUUGUGAACCAUACACAAGGUUUAUCCAUGACUGGGUGUAUAGUGGUGUAUUCAGAGAUGCGUAUGGUGAAUUCAUGAUUCAGGUGAAUGAGGAUUAUCUUGGCUUUAGAGACAAACACUACUGGACUCAUGGGUACGUUUUGAUUUCAAAGGAAGUAGAAGAUUGUGUCCCUGUAUUCUUGAAACAUAUUGCUAAUGAUGUAUACAUUUGUGGAAAAACCAUAAACUUACUAAAGUUGUGUUGUCCCAGGCACUACAUAUGCUGGUCUGAUAUUCCUGUUCCUCGGAUUUCUGUAAUUUUCUCCCUUGACGAAUUAAAAGAAAUUGAGAGAGACUGUGCGGUAUAUGUGGGCCGAAUGGAAAGAAUUGCGCGUUAUAGUACCAUCAGCAAGGAGGAAAAGGACUUGCGUAUGGAAAUUGAAAAACAGGAAUUAAUUAUCCAUGCUCGAGAAACAGCUAGCAAAACUCUAAAAGCCUUUACUGAUCGACAAAUAGCAGAGAAAAUGGCACUGGAUGCAAAGAAACGGGAGCAGUUUCAGAAAUUGAAAGAACAAUUUGCAAAAGAUAAAGAGCGUCGACGUGCUCUGAAACAGGAGGAGAUUGGUGAUGAUUUCAGUUAUGCUCGGGAACUCAGAGAAAGGGAGAGAAGACUGAAGGCUUUAGAAGAGGACUUGGAGAAAAGGGCAAGGCAAGAGUUAAUUGAUCAUUACAGCAAACUAUCUGAAGAUGCAGCUCGUAGAGGAAAAAAAGCCUUAUGGAAAAUUGAGAGGCACAAAUUGGAAACGGCUCGUCUCAGAUUUCUGUUGGAAGAUCAAAAACGUACUGAGGACAUGCUUGAGAAACUUCCUGGUGGAAAGUACAGGAGGAAAAUUGACAUAAUUCCGGAAUGUCAGUGCCAACAGGUUUCUGUCGCAGUUGUGCCAGUAAGAGAUUCCAACUUUCAGUUAUCUUCUUUAGAACAUGAGUAUCCUAAUGGUGUGGAUGCUGGCAAAGAUGCAGGAUCUGAAGUGGUGAAUGACACAUCAGAUGACAAAUCACUCUUACUCCAGCCAACAAAUACACAGUCUAAUGACUAUUCUGAGUCAGAAGAAACAGUAACUGCAUCACAAGUCCUCUGUACGGAGCAAACAGUUGCUGUGUCAAAAAGUGUGUCUGAACUUGGUCUGGAUUUUGAAGAUUUUUUACCAAAGCCUCAGGAAGAAUUGUUUGUUGUCCCCAGUGCUCAAGAGAUAAAUUUGUUAGAUGAAGCUUUGCAAACUAUCAGCUCUGAUCUUCCCUUGAAUGAUCAGAUGGAUGAAAGCAAUUCUGCGCUGAAAGGUGCAACAGAAGGGGAAACAAGUACCCAAGUCUCCUUGCAUGGUGAAUAUGAUGGGUAUGACUUUAAUACUGUCCUCAGGCCUUCAAUCUCACACAGCCACAUUGUAGUUGGAGAAAAUGUUUUUGAUGUUGAGGACAGGAGACCUCGCUGGAAUGUUCACGGUCAUGCAUCUGAUGCAAAUAUUAAAAUUGGGGAAUAUGUACCUCAGCCUGAACUAUCCCAUCCACAUUCAAAUCCUCAUGGCCAUUCCUCAGAUGCGCACAUCAAGAUUGGAGAAUAUGUCUCUGAGGUAGAACCUAGCCGGCCACAAUGGAAUAUCCAUGGACAUGUCUCUGCAGCUCAUAUUCAGUUUGGAGAAUGUGCCUCUGAGGUAGAGGCCUCAAGGCCAAGGUGGAAUAUUCACGGGCACACUUCAGAUGCCAACAUUAAGAUUGGCGAGUAUGUGUCAAACACAGAGCCACCUAGACCUCGGUGGAACAUCCAUGGCCACGUGUCAGAUGCUAAUAUCAGAAUUGGGGAAAACAUGUCUGAAGUUGUGUCCUCUCGACCUCGGUGGAAUGUUCAUGGGCAUGCCUCUCAGUCGCACAUUAAAAUUGGAGAACUGGUUUCUGAUUCAGAGACUACUACGCCUCGAUGGAAUCCCUUUGGCCAUUCAUCACAGUCAAGCAUUCAAAUUGGGGAGUGGAUCCCUUCAACUGACAGUGAUCCAAUACCUCACCUUAAAGCUGUCUCUGGCCCUGCAUCGGACUCUACCGUUCAGACAUUCUUAUACAAUAGGGAAUUCUGCACAAUCAAAGAGAAUGGUAAAGAACAAGAAUUGAAACCAUCUGAUUGUGCAUUAAGUGAUAACUUGGAUGAAAAGCCAGAAAGAAGCUUAGAAGAUGAGGAGGAAGAGGCAAUUAUACCAUAUGAUGCCAAACAUCUCCCUGCAAAUCCUCCUCAGAAUGUACAGGUAGAGGAACCUGAAAAAUCAACUGAAUUGGUUCUUAUGACUCAACAAAUUUAUCUCUCUGAAGUCAGUGGAUCUGAAAGUCAAGAAGGAGGAAAUGCCAAUACUGACAUAUGGAAGAAAGAAGAAGAUUACAUGAAAGCCUUAUCUGGUCAAUAUCGUCUUGAAAAAUAUCAGGAUAGCUAUGAUUUGAUGUCAGAGCUUCCAGUUUCCCAUCUCCUGCGUCAUGUGAUCCCAAGGUCCUACACGUUCCCUGUGGAUCCAUCAGUACAGUCAGCAACAGAUGAAACAGCCGUACAACUGAGCGAGCUCUUAUCACUUCCAGUGCUGAUGAAACGAUCAAUUACUGCUCCCCUGGUUUCUCAUGUUUCCCUUGUGAACAAAGCCAUUGUUGAUUAUUACUUUGUGGAACUAAAUGUUGAGAAGCAUUUUGGAGCACUAAGACAUUUUUUGUUGAUGGAGGAUGGAGAGUUUGCUCAGUCACUCAGUGACCUACUUUUUGAAAAGCUUGGAUCAGGACAGACACCUGGUGAACUUCUAAACCCACUAGUCCUCAAUUCCAUCUUAAAUAAGGCUCUGCAGUACAGUCUUCAUGGAGACACACACUUGGCUUCCAAUCUCUCUUUUGCAUUGAAGUACCUUCCAGAGAUGUUCAAGCCCAAUGCACCUGAUGCCCUAAACUGCUUAGAACUGCGCUAUAAGGUUGACUGGCCCAUAAAUAUUGUCAUUACUGAGAACUGCAUGAAUAAAUAUAACAAGAUUUUCUCCUUCCUGUUGCAAUUGAAGCAUAUGGUGUGGACUCUUAAGGAUGUUUGGUUCCACUUAAAGCGAACUGCCUUGGUGAAACAUGCAUCAAAUUCGGUUCAGUUUCGACAGCUCCAGCUUUAUAAGCAUGAAAUGCAGCACUUUGUGAAAGUUAUUCAAGGUUAUAUUGCCAACCAGAUCCUGCAUGUGACAUGGUGUGAAUUUGGAAAUAAACUGUCUUCUGUAGGGAACUUGGAGGAAAUUUAUAGAACGCAUGCGGAAUACCUCAACAAAGCAAUCUUCCGGGGAUUGUUGACUGAAAAGGCAGCCCCUGUAAUGAACAUUAUUCACAGCAUCUUCAGCCUCAUUUUAAAGUUCCGUAGCCAGUUAAUCUCUCAGUCAUGGAGUUUUGAUACCAGCAAACAAAUGGCUGUUCACCCCAACUUUGGCUUAAUGCAGCAAUCUUACAACACAUUCAAAUAUUACUCCCAUUUCUUAUUCAACGUAGUAACUAAGCUUGUAAACAGAGGAUACCAGCCUCACCUGGAAGAUUUCCUACUGAGAAUCAACUUCAAUAACUAUUACAAAGAUAAUUGAGCUUUUUUAUAAUACGUCACAAACUAAUGAUAGAACACAGAGUCUGCUAUGUGUAUGUAUUUAAGCUAACCACGAAACACUGAAAGCUACCAGUGCCAAGAUGGAUCUAAGAAGAAAAACUUUUCCAUUACACUGUUAAAUAAUGAAAUGAGGUCCAAGGAGAAUAUCAUCAAGAUUUAGGAAGAUAACUUUUCCUUAGCAUGGCAGAAGUUUUUAUUCUCUGUGCACGAAAGCAUGUUGCCAAUACAGUAAUGUAUGCAUCAUUGUAAAUUUGUUAAUGUGUAAAUUCUUCCUUGUAGCCUUGUGAAAUCUUCUCAUGUAAAUGUGUGAGAAAUAAAAAAGCAAAGCAAAAACAUA